AUGGAGCACACCUACGGGGAGGUGAACCAGCUGGGCGGCGUCUUCGUCAACGGGCGGCCGCUGCCCAACGCCAUCCGGCUGCGAAUCGUGGAGCUGGCGCAGCUCGGGAUCCGGCCCUGCGACAUCAGCCGCCAGCUCCGCGUCUCGCACGGCUGCGUCAGCAAGAUCCUGGCCCGGUACAACGAGACCGGCUCCAUCCUGCCCGGGGCCAUCGGCGGCAGCAAGCCGCGGGUCACCACCCCCAACGUGGUCAAGCACAUCCGUGACUACAAGCAGGGCGACCCCGGCAUCUUCGCUUGGGAGAUCCGCGACCGGCUGCUGGCCGACGGCGUCUGCGACAAGUACAACGUCCCCUCGGUCAGCUCCAUCAGCAGGAUCCUGCGGAACAAGAUCGGCAGCCUCUCCCAGCCCGGCCCCUUCGACGGCGGCAAGCAGCCGCCCCCCCAGCCCGCGCUGCCCUACAACCAUAUCUACCAGUACCCCUACCCCAGCCCCAUGGCCUCGCCGGCCGCCAAGAUGGGGGGCCACCCCGGGGCCACCGUGGCCACCGCCCACGUCAGCCUGCCCCGCUCCUGGCCCUCGGCCCACUCCGUCACCAACAUCCUGGGCAUCCGCACCUUCGUGGAGCAGACGGGGGCUCUGGCUGGCACAGAGGGCUCUGCCUACCCCCCCAAAAUGGAAGACUGGCCCAGCGUGAACAGGACGGCCUUCCCCCCUGCUCAGGCGGUCAACGGCAUCGACAAGGCUGCCAUGGAAGGAGAUAUCAAAUACCCGCAGCCCGCCCCGGGGCUCUCCUCGGUGGGCAGUUUCCUCCCGGCCUGCGCCUACCCCCCCUCCAACCAGCACGGCGUCUACGGCGGGCCGGCCGGCGGCUACAUCCCCCCGGGCCAUCCCUGGCAGCCGCAGGGUAGCCCCUUGGCCCACCCCGGACCCGGCGUGGCGGUGCACGGAGGCGACCUGGCCGCGGCGAUGGCGUUCAAGCAGCCCGGGAGGGAAGUUGUGGACAGAAAACCUGCCAGCCCUGUGGGGAAAUCUCCAGACCCUCUAAACACCAUCCAUGGACUCUCUAUCCCAGCCUCCUCUUCCUAG